AUGACUCGCAUCUCCCUGGGCCUCGUCACUCUCUUGGCAUUGUCCUCAGCCGUGAGCAUCGUCAACGCUCACGAAGGACACGACCAUGCCCAGCAAAAGUUCAACAUCCCCGGUGACGAAGACUACUCAGCCGACGCCCUUGGACUUCAGGACUUCAAGGUCACCUCGAUCAAGGCCCCCUUCUUGGAGCAGUUUGCUGACAACUGGUCGGCACGCUGGACUGCCAGCGAGGCCACCAAGGAGACCACUGCCGAGGGCGAGGUCUUUAGCUAUGUUGGUCAGUGGAGCGUCGAGGAGCCUACUGUCUACCCCGGUAUGAAGGGCGACAAGGGUUUGGUCGCCAAGAGCCCCGCUGCCCACCACGCCAUCUCUGCCUCCUUGCCUGAGGUUGUCGACAACAAGGACAAGACCCUCGUCGUCCAGUAUGAAGUCAAGGCUCAGACUGGAUUGGAGUGCGGUGGUGCCUACAUGAAGCUCUUGACGGAUUCCCCUGAGGGCAUCAAGUUCAAGGAGUUCUCCAACGACACCCCCUACACCAUCAUGUUUGGACCCGACAAGUGUGGAAGCACCAACAAGGUCCAUUUUAUCUUCCGUCACAAGAACCCUAUCACUGGAGUCUACGAGGAGAAGCACCUUCAGUCUGCUCCUUUGGCCAAGUUGGGCGCCCUCACCAACCUCUACACCUUGAUCGUCAAGCCUGAUCAGACUUAUGAGAUCAAGAUCAACGGAGAGAGUUCUUCUUCUGGAUCGCUCUUGGAGGACUUCCAGCCCCCAGUCAACCCACCUAAGGAGAUCGACGACCCCACCGACAGUAAGCCCGCCGACUGGGUCGAGGUUGCCCAGAUCCCAGACCCCAAGGCCACUAAGCCCGAGGACUGGGACGAGGAUGCACCCGCCCGUAUUCUCGACGAGAAGGCUGUUAAGCCUAGCGACUGGCUCGAGGACGAGUUGGCAGAGAUCCCCGACCCUGAUGCCGUCAAGCCCGAGGACUGGGAUGAUGAAGAGGAUGGCGACUGGGUCCCCGUUUCAGUUCCUAACCCCAAGUGCGCGAGCAAUGGCUGUGGCAAGUGGGUCCGCCCUUACAUCUCCAACCCCGCCUACAAGGGCAAGUGGUCUGCUCCUUUGAUCGACAACCCUGAUUACAAGGGAGUCUGGGCUCCACGCAAGAUUCCCAACCCUGGGUUCUUUGAGGACUUGCAUCCUUCAGACUUUGAGAAGAUUGGCGCUGUCGGUUUCGAAAUCUGGACGAUGCAGAAGGAUAUCCUCUUUGACAACAUCUAUAUUGGUCACUCUGUUGCCGACGCCGAGGCUUUGGCCGCUGAGAGCUGGGAGAUCAAGCACGCCGCCGAGAAGAGGCAGGAGGAGCUCGCCAACCCCAAGCCCAAGAGCCUUGAGGGACCCCCUUCGUUCAAGGAGGACCCCGUUGGCUUCCUUGUCGGUCACUUGCGCGAAUUUAUCGAGUUGGCGCGUGAGGACCCCAUGAAUGCGAUCCACAGCAGGCCCAUGGUUUCGGCAGUGUUGGCAGCGAUCAUUGGAGUCACUCUUGGAUUGGGCUUGAUCUUGGUCGGUCUCUUGACGGCAGCGCCUCGUACCGGUACCCCCCGUGCUGCAUCCAAGGCCAAGAAGACUGAUGAGGUGACUGCUGACGAUGAUGACAAGGAGGUCAAGCCCGAGGCCGAGGGCAAGAGCGGUUCCAAGGAAGACGCUGCCCUUCGCAAGCGCACCACCGUUGUUGAGGAGACUGACGAAUAA